UGUGUGUGUGUGUGUGUGUGUGUGUGUGUGUGUGGAGGCUCUCUCUCUCUCUCCCUCUCCCUCUCUCUUCAAAGCUCUGUACUUGAAAGUGGGGUCGAGACGACAGUUGUUGUCCUUCGCGCCCGGUGCCACGCGCCGAGCUCCUCUGUCGCCGCCGCCGCCGCCGCCGCCAUGCCUCGAGGAUUCCUGGUGAAGAGGCUCCGGCGAUGCUCGGCGUCCUACCGGCCGCGACACACCGGCAACAGCAGCCGGGCUGCAGCGCCCGGAGGCGACUGGGCCAGCGGCGACAACUGCGAGGCGAGCAGUGCGCCGGCGGCGGAGCGCCACGACGCGUUGAGCAUGCUCGCGUCCGGCGCACUGCUCCCGGCGUCCCGCGAGGACUCCGCCGGUGUCGGGGGCGCGUGGAGCCCUCACGUGGAGUCCGCGCUGGAGGCUGAGGCGGACCGCCGCGCGCAGCUCCCGGAGACCGAGGAGCAGGUGAGCGAGGUGGACGUUUUGACCCCUGAUGGGGACUUCUCCUGCUUCUUCCCGCCACCUCCUCCUCCUCAUCCUCCUCGUCAUCCUCCUCCUCCUCCUCCUCCUCCACGCCACCUGUCACCAUCGGAGUCCUGCGGCCCCGUUAAACCGCUCGGCACGAGACUGUUGGAGCAGCGCGAGGGAGGCGAGACGCGCGCCUCGCUCCCCGCCAGGUGCCCGACAUCGUCGCCGGUGUUGCCGGAGCUGCCGUUCCCGGUGAGUUCAAGUCCAACCUCGGUCCCCGCCUCCGUCGAGAGGCUGCUCGCUCCUCACCACCACCACCACCACCACCACCACCACGCGCCGCCGUACGGCAACGGUGACAAAUAUGACCCGAGCGGGACUCGCGCGCACUUGUUCCCGCCGCUGACCUUGAUGAGCCAGGAGCCGCGCCACGCGGAGAGGAAACGGCCCUUCCUCGAGCCGGAGCAGCGCGCCAACGGCCACCGACACAGCAAGCCGUCCGCGGGCAACCUGGCGAAGAAACCCAAAGUGCACCGCAAACUCAACUUCGAGGACGAGGUCACGACCUCGCCGGUGCUGGGCCUGCGCAUCAAGAAGGAGAGUCCCGAGCUGAGGAGACAGCGGGAGAAGUCGUGCGCGGCCGCCGGGAACCAGCCGCUGAGGGAGUUCAUCUGCCAGCUGUGCAAGGAGGAGUACUCCGACCCCUUCUCCCUCGCGCAGCACAAGUGCUCCCGCAUUGUGCGCGUGGAGUACCGGUGUCCCGAGUGCGACAAAGUCUUCAGCUGUCCCGCCAACUUGGCCUCGCACCGCCGGUGGCACAAGCCCCGUCCGGUAAACGGCCAGGGGGCAGAGGCCCCGACGACCAAGGGCCCGCCGUCGAAAGGGGCGCGCGGGCCCCCGCAGCACGAGCGGCAGCCGGCGGAGACGGAGGGCAAAGAGAACGAGCUGCUGCGCAUCAACGCCAACCAGCACCACCGGGCGCUGGACAGCUCCCGCGUCAGGCGCGAGCCGCCCCUGCUGCUGCUCCACGGCCGCUCCCGGGACAGCCCCGACACGGACAGCCUCGCGCCUCCUCACUACGACCCCUCGGCGCAUUACCGCCUGCCGGGGGAGGCUCGUCUGGACCUGCAGCGGCAGGUGCGGGCGGCGGACAGCCCGCCGUCCAGCCUCCUCCUGCUCCCCGGCGACCCGGACGAGCGCGCGGAGCCGCCGGAGCUGCCGCACCCGCCGCCGCCGCCGCACUCGCGCCAGCACUCGCCGUUCGUCCAAUCGUCGCCGGAGGACGAGGUGCACGAGUGCCGCUACUGCGGGAAGACAUUCCGCCGACUGGCGUACCUCAAGAAACACCUGGCGGCGCACGAGGUGACCGCACUGGCGCCUCCGCCCGCGCCCGCGUCCCCGUCCCCGUCCCCGUACGGCCAGGCGCGCGACAGCGGCGGCGGGCAGAGCCAGGUGUUCCUGUGUCACCUGUGCGGCGCGCGCUUCCCGUCGGUGGAGAUCAGGGACAAGCACCACCUGUGGCACGCGAUGAGGGACGACCUGUUGGCGGGAGCGCUGGGCGGAGGCGUGUUCCGCGCGCACAGGGAGGAGAGCGGCGCCGGGGGAUGCGAGCAGCAGCAGCAGCAGCAGCAGCAGCAGCAGCUCUUCACGUGCAAGCACUGUCCGUCCACCUUCUUCAGCUCGCCGGGACUCACGAGGCACAUCAACAAGUCUCACCCCACCGAGAGCCGGCAGGUGAUGCUGCUGCAGAUGACCGUGCGGCCGUAGAGCAGACACUCCCAAGACGCGCAAAGGCGAAAGAUGAUUCGGAAGAAAAAAGAAGAAGAAUGUAUAGGUCAUCGGUUGACACUGCGAGGGGGAAGCUCACAGAACUUAGGAGCUGUUCUCAUUGACCAGUCGUGCAUGUCACAUGUGGCCCUGUGGUGAACUGCAGCUGUCCAUGGUGCUGAAACGAAACACCCCACUGACACUGAAGGAACUGAACCCGUGUCCACGAACACGAGUGGACAAAACAGGAUUUGAAUUAUUGCGAGUCGAAAUGUCUUGCAUUUCAAGAGAAAAGGGAGCAUUUUCAUUCAGUGGACAGGUAAUAUCCAGGAUGCUCCGUGAUCAAUUAAAUCAACGAGACACUUGAAAGUGGAGGGACAAGAAAAUGUCCUUAUUUAAAAAAAAAAGAAAAGAGGCCAUGUUGCUUAAAAAAUCCUUUAGGGAAAUCUCUGAAUAUAUUGAAUAAUAGUAUUGAAUGUGCCGCUACAAGGGUGACUGUCAAUCAUACAAGUAGGACACUGUAUCUAUAUUUCCAAAUCUAUGCCCACGUAAGAGGAUGACCUCUUGCUUCAGCUUCUCUCGCAUCUUGUCACAUUAAAACAACUCAACCGUCAACAUCCGAGCGAACCAGACUGAAAGAUGGGACAGAAAUGUCGUUUUCAUUAUGACUACAGAGUAUAAAGGAAGAACGUUACAUACUGUAAAUGCUGAAGCAAUGAUCGCCACAGCUCCCCCCCCCCAAGACGUUUAAGCUCACGUUCAACAUAUUCCUGUGGCGAAGAAAAUCCGAUUACACCGGUGCUCAGGAGCAGAGCAGUGGCUCACAUUACUGGCCGGUAUAGUGUGUCACACAGAGCCAGACCAUAAUACCUGUAAUCACGUUUUAGAAAGUGACCUUCCUUCACCUGGAAUCAAUCUCCUUAACUCCAUGUGAUGUACAGUGAACGGUAAAAGAACUGGUGAUAAAAAGAGAAAAUAAUCCAUAAUCUGACCAUAAUUUGCCUUUUUUUUCUUCUUCUUUAGCAAAUGUGCCAGUUAACUUCUCAGCUAGAACAUAUUUUCGUACAAAAAUGGAACAUUUAAUGUUAUUUCUGCUAGUUAAAAAAAAUAAAAUUGUUUAAUGUUUAUUAAUCACUGUUCAAACGCGUUCAUGAUUCUAAAAAUGUAAUUGUGAUUCUAAGGAGCCUAUACAGUACAUUACUAUUUUGAUAUGUCGGAAGUUGAGUGUUAAAUUUAUUCCACGCUAUUGUCAAUAAAUAAU